AUGCAAUCGUAUACCACUACUACUACUGCUGCUGCUGCCACUGCUGCUCCUUCAUUUUAUACACCUGCGGAGCUGCUCGAAUCUUUCCCUCCAUUUCCACCUCAGGGUGAUUUUCGUCCCACCUUUUAUAAUCCAUUUGAAAUCAAGCAUCGUAGACGCACUUCUCGCGCUCAGCUCAAGGUGUUGGAAAAAUCGUUCGCUGAAAACGCAAAACCCAAUGCAGCCGUACGUCGUAUGCUCGCUCAAAAACUUGACAUGACACCUCGAGGUGUUCAAAUUUGGUUCCAAAACCGAAGAGCAAAGGCAAAGCUUCAACGACGUAAAGCUGCUGCUUCCCAACAACAACAAGAUUCAUCCGCUUCAUCAUCUACCACUCAACACAAUGCAAGCAACAACAACAACAACAGCACAGCAACCAUCACAUCACCUGCCGAGCAACAACAACAGCAACAAGCAAGUUCUUUUAAUGAUGCCUCGCACCAUAACAACAAUACCAACAUGGAACAAUCGGUAUUAUUCUCUCAAUUCUCUGCCAACAUUGGUCCAGCAUGCAUGGAAUAUGAAGGCAAGCCUGCUUUUGCCACAAGCAUUCCACCUAAUGCCACCGUUGCCGAUAAGAGUGCGACUCACUAUUGGCCAACAACAUCCUCUUCAUGGCCAAGCAACACUGAAAGUGCUCAAUCGGUGGCACUUGCAGCAGCAGCAGCUGCUGUCAAUGCAAGCACACCUUAUGACCCAAGCUGGUUUGUGCACCCUCUUCAAGAUGACAUGACGAUGGCUGCUGCUCGCCGAAACUCGUGCCCUGUUCCUAAUAUGUACGAUCCUUACUUUGAAGUUGAUCAGUGCAAAGACCGCCGAGUAUCAGAGACCGAUAUUAAUUCAUACAACAUGAUGCCCAAUGCUUGCUGGAGCGAUCCUUCAGUCAUCCCUGUUGACUUUUGCACCAUGGAUAUCAGCUUUGAUUAUGGCAACCCUGCCAUGGCACCUUCAACAUGCUCAGGAUCCUCAACAUCCAACUCAGUGACUGAUUCACCAGCUUCGCUUGGCUGCUUCGAUUGUCUAUCAUCAGAAACCUUUUUGCCACCCGCUUUCCACGACACGGCCUAA